AGCUGCUGUGUUCCAGCGUAUCGUCUGUAUCGCAGUCCGGAAUAUGUGCGCAAUAUUGAUAAUCUACAGAUGGAUUACUUGAAUCAUGUUCGUAAUUAUGUUGCUCCUGCAUUGGAAAACGAUAUCUGGACUACAAUAGAUUCACUUAGAAAAGUGUUUCUUCAUGAAGAACCCUCGACAAUUGAAAAAAUGUACGCCUGUUUUUGGUCAGCCAUGAGCAGCGCUCUGCCUUACGCCGCCACGGUCUACUGGUACAUCUUCACCACACUCCUGCUAGUGGCGACCGUAGGAAGGAAGCUCAAGCUCAGGAGGUUCUACAUCCAAGUUCUCGACCGCGUGUUCUCUUGGGUCGCUGUUAAAAUGGUCGUCACAGCCAAUAAAGAGAAAAUGAGACGGAGGAUGAGUCUUGGCGAAGUAGAUGACCUCACCUCAGAUGAUGACGAUGAAUCUGAGUCUGAAACCACUUUUUAUCGAGAUAUUGGACUCGAAAAACAAGAGAAUUUGGACGAAGAAGUGAUACAAUAUAAAAUUCAAGCGGAGCAUCCUAAUUCAAGUCAAAACUCUAAAUCGCUCGAGUCCAGCUGGGAGGAGAUCUUCUCCGAGAUCGAGAAAACAGAAACAGUUGCUGAACAUACGGAAAUGCAAAAAAUUCCGGGCUCAAUUUCUUGUGAAAAUCAGCAGAAAAGUUUAGAUGGCUCAUUUAAAAAAUCAGAAGAGCUUCAUUUUUCAUUAGACGCGCCCAUGGUUUACUUGUCGGCCGGAGUGCGCGCCAUCGUGGACAACUGUGUAAACAGUAGCUUCUCUAGGGAGCAGCUCAAGACAUGGAACCUCUUGUCCAGGACCAUCGUUCGCAAAAAGGAGAUUGCGAAGAGCAGAACUCUUGCGGGGUUCUUCUUCAUCGGUUUGAUCAUCCGGUACUGUUUCUUGAUGCCCAUGCGGGUGUUGGUCCUCAUCUUGUCCCUGACCAACCUGUCGCUCUGGACUUUCAUGGUGGGGAGGCUGCCCCAGGGUCCUUUCAAGCGAAUGAUCAACGCGUACGUCGUCUCGUGGGGCUUCGACUUCGUGGCAGGUUCCCUCUCAGUCGUCGCCAGGUUCCAUGACAAACACAAUCGUCCGAGCGGAGGAAUAGCUGUGGCCAACCACACGUCCCCCAUUGACGGCAUGAUCUUGGCUACCGACAACUGCUAUGACAUGGUGGGCCAGCGCACGAAAGGGUUGCUUGGGAUGUUCAUGAGCGCCCUGGCCAAGAGCUCGGCGCACAUUUGGUUCGAGAGAACCGACGCUCGGGACCGACAAGCCACCACCCGCCUAUUGUGGGAACACACGCAGCAUCCCGAGCUGCCCCCGAUCCUGAUCUUCCCUGAAGGCGUGUGCGUCAACAACACCGCCAUCUUGGAGUUCCGGAAAGGGGCAUUUGAGGUCGACUGCGACAUUUUCCCGAUCGCCAUCAAGUUUGACCCGGUAUACGGGGAUGCGUUUUGGUUCGAAGGAGGCUUCACCUCCUACUGCAUGUCCAUGAUGACGUCAUGGGCAAUUGUGUGUGACGUGCACUACCUCCCGCCCAUGCGCAGAGGGCAAGACGAAUCUGCAAGUCACUUCGCCAACAGGGUUAGAUCGGCCAUCGCCAAGAAAGUUGGUCUCGUUGAGCUCCCUUGGAACUCUUUGGUCAAGUCGAGCGUCUUCGGCACCGAGAAAUGGGACAAACUUAAGGUCGAUAGGCAGCGUGAACAGCAGAAACAAUUUCUCAGAGAGCUGAGUCCUUCGCAAACUUCAGAUCCAGGGGUGUUCAAAUUUCGAUGAAAAACCAUACUGAAAUUGUUUGAAUAGAUAUAUCGUAAUGUUAUUCGAGAACAUACAUGAACAAAUUAUCAUCGUAGAACAAGGUACUAUUUUAAAUAAAUACUUCCUUUUUCAUUCAGCUAAUGUUAUGUUUUCCUCAGUUGUUCAUUUUGAUGUUUUUGGGAGCUGAUUAUUUGAUUAUUUUUGAAUAGACAGUUCGGAAAGCAAUUAAACUUCGAUGAAUAAAAUAUAGCUUCAAAUGAUGGUAUUUU